CAGCCUACCCUGUCUUACAAAUGGGAACCCCCUCUGAGGAGAAAGAAUCUAUGAGAUAUAAAGACCGCUUCUCUGUAGUCAUCCGCAAUAUAGUUCCAGUCUUUCUACUUUAACUUCCACGAAUAUAAUUUUGAAAUUGAAAAUGACAGAACAGAGCGGUAACUCAAAGGAGGAUUUAGUAGCGAAAGCAAAAUUAGCCGAACAGGCUGAACGCUACGAUGAUAUGGCCGUAACUAUGAAAAAAGUGACAGAAAACGGAGUAGAAUUGAACAACGAGGAAAGGAAUUUGCUAUCGGUCGCUUAUAAAAAUGUCGUCGGUGCACGCCGGUCAUCGUGGAGAGUCAUCUCCAGUAUUGAAUCGAAAGCAGAAAACUGUGAGAGGAAGCUUGCGAUGGCUAAGCAUUACCGUGAAAAGGUUGAACUAGAACUUAAAGCAAUUUGUACAGAAGUAUUGGAUCUUCUUGAGAACUAUUUGAUAUCAAAAGCAUCUACUACAGAGAGCAAAGUAUUUUAUUUGAAAAUGAAAGGCGACUAUUACCGGUAUCUUGCAGAGGUUGCCCAAGGUGAAGACAGGAAAGGUGUUUUAGGGCACUCACAAUGUGCAUACAAAGACGCUUUUGAUAUUGCUAAAAGCCAAAUGCAACCUACACAUCCAAUUCGACUGGGAUUGGCAUUGAACUUUUCUGUAUUUUAUUAUGAAAUUCUUAAUGCUCCAGAAAAAGCCUGUUGCUUAGCAAAACAGGCUUUUGAUGAGGCAAUUGCUGAAUUAGAUCAAUUGAAUGAGGAAUCUUACAAAGAUAGUACAUUGAUAAUGCAGCUUUUGAGAGACAAUUUAACACUAUGGACGUCUGAUACACAGUGUGGAGAUGAAGAAGGUGGUGAAGGAGGAGAUAAUAACUGAGAUGUGUCUGGCUGCAGCCUUCAGAACCUCAUUUGGUCAUGUACUAACAACCAUCAUCACAUACUGUUAUUACCUAUACCAAGCUCAAGAUGUCUUACUUUCUAGUUCUGUGAAAGCCAUCUGAUGGUGAUAUUGCUGACGAUCUUUGCUGAGGCUUCAAUUUGAUGCCUUCUCUUGCAUCAACAAAUAAAUUUUAUUAGGAACUAUUAAAUUAUUUAGGAAUUUAUUCUUAGCCCACCCAUUCUUUCAGAUACUUUAGUUAGAAUAUCAGUGUACUGUUGCCAAAUAUUAAAAUAUAAACAGGUAUCUUUUUCUUUAUACUAUGUAGAUGUGCCUGUUGGUGUUAUAUAUGCACUUUCUUAAUGUUGCAUAGUGUUUCUUCAUGUGCAUAUAUAAAUUAAUACACUCCUAUCAAGGAUUAAUUAAGUUGAGCUAUUUGCUAGCUUUAAUGGGAAAAUCUACAUUCUUAUAUUUCAAGUUUAAUAAGGUUCUGCUUGGUGAACUCUUCCUUUCCCCUACAGAUGGUUAUUGAUUCCAAUCAAUCACUCCAGUUAAGCUACUGUUGCACUACGGGAUCCAGUAGCCUCAGCAGUGCCUCACUGUAUGUGCUGCUCUCUGCACACUACUGUCUUUAGCCAGCUGUAGUGUUUAAGUAGUUGUAGUAUAUUCUUGUACUGCAACGGUCUGCUGCAUCCAGGCCAAUCAGAGACUGCUAUUCUAGCUAGAAUUUAGCUCUAUCAUUGAACAUAUCCAAGUGUUGUGUUUUGUGUUAAAGCAUGUGCAAAAGUUCUGUGGCCCAAGUACUUAAAAUAUAUAUAUAUAUUAACAAUGACCAAUAUUGGGGUGUGACUAGCAUUGAGCCUUGUGGCCUGCUAUUUCCUCAGAGGUUACUAUUUUGGCAUGAUAUGCUCUUUAAACUACAUACCAAAUAAAUGUUCCUUUCUCCAUGUGCUGUUGUCCAAUACUUUAUUGGUGUGAGAAUAAAAAAAAAAAAUCUUCAUGCUUUUUACUCCCCAUGCGUUUUCAUCCAAAUUGGUUGCUGAAGAGUUGCUAGCGAAGUUUGUCAAGAUUUUGUGAUAGCUGGAAAAAGAAAUUCAAAAUAAAUUGUUGGGUAAGGUUCACAUUUUUAUAAAAGAUUUCACUGAGUUAGAUCAAACUCUGAUGUACCUAAAUAAAUUCAGCCUGCUUUCUGCCAAUAACUUGUUCAUUGAAAGUUCCUUUCUUGGUCUUAAGACUAAAAAUAACAAUUUAAUAUAUUUCUUGGCACUAAUUAUUUUGAGUUGGCUACAUAAAAUCAAUUCUGUGUUCUUACAAUUAAAACACAUUUAAGGCUGUUUUUGUUAAGCAGUACUUGUGGAUUUGACUUUUAUUCUAUGCUGAUUCUUGCUACAAAUUGUUCUCACCUCUUCCCUUUUCCCACUUGGCUAUCAGUUAAUCACAAUUCCUUUUUCACAUGAAUGUUUGCUGGGAAUAUAAAUUAAGUCAUUCGUAGCGACUGCUACAUUACCAAAACUUGAUGUCGGGUUUUUCCCCCUUUUCCCUUCAUGAUAGUGAAUUUUUUAUUGUACUUGAAGCAUUCGCUGGCAAGACUGUUACCGUGGAAAUAAUGCAUUUUGUAUGUUGCCAUGAAUUCUGAAGAUUAAAUUCCAACUGCAAGUUUUAGCAGUACUUAACUGAAGUGUUUAUUUAAUUACUGUCUGCAGAAGAAAAAAAAUUGAAUUAGCCCUCAGUUUAUUUAAUGUCCAGUACCAUCUUUCCAUUGGAGUACGUAUAUAUUGUAUACCAUAUGGAUGACCUUUUUAGUCAUUUGGAAGUACAGUUUUGUUUUAAUUUUGUUUUUUGCAGAGCACACAUUACAAGUUAAUAGCAUCCAUACAUGCACACAUUCAAUAUUCUCUAUACUCUGCUAGUGUUCAGAAAAUAAAAUUGCUUUUGAUCAGUUAGCACAAAGAAUUUUUUUGUACUAUUCAGUUCAAUAUUUGUAUUUUUCUCUUAACAGCUUUAAGAAAAGUGAAGACAUCUGAUAACUCAGAUUGUUUUUGAAGUCUGUAUGGUUGACUUAUUCAUUUUUCAAAUAAACUUUGCUCAUAAGAUAACCUGGCAUUUUAACCAGCGAUCCUCCUUCAUUAGAUUCUUUUUUUUUUUUUUUUUUUUUUCGACCCCUAGAGUAUUUCACAGCUAUUGGAGACUACAAUAGGUGUCUCUUGCUAGUUUGAGGUGAGAACUUGUGCAGAUUUUGGAAAUAUUCUUUAUUGCACCAAUAAGAAUAUGAUGAAAAGAAAACUAAAGCAUUUUUUCUAUGCUGCUCGUGUUCAUAUUUUUUAAAAUAUAUACAGUUAAUGUUGGGAAGAGGUAUUAUACAGAUCCUAUCUUUAACUUUUUAAAACAGACUAUUCUUAAAUUUAAGAUUCUUGUGAAAUCUUUAUAGUUGUUGCUCACAAACUCAAUUUGCAUGUUGCAUUUGAAAAAUGAAUAAAAUCAAUACAAAUAGUGCUCAAACCAAUGUAGCACUUUUCUCUAAGUUUUCUUAGUGUUCAGUUAGAUUGAAGAUUUUGCUUUGAAAAUCUUUUUUACUCAGCCGUAUAACAUUCAAAACUUCUUAGAUUUGUCUCUAGAUGUAGGCACUGGUUUUGAAAGCAAUGAAUUUCACACUAUUUUUAUUUUUCUCUUCUCCAAUUUGAUUGUUUCUAAACAUUAGAUUAGUUUUGAACAUUAUUAAUAAUCAACUCAUGAUAAUAGUUAACGAAGUUCUGAAUUCUUGAAAUAUUUUAGUACUCUCCUCGAUCCCAGUCAUUUAGUGUAAUAUUUUUCUACUUGUCAGUUUAUUCUGCUUAAAAUUUAGAGUUCAAUUAUGUUGGAUAUAUUUAUAAAUUUUUAACUGAAUAUUUACCAAUCAAAAUUAGUUUCAAAUAUUACUUUUCUGACAUCUGGUUCUUAUUUUCAUGGGUAAAUGUUUAUUUUUUUAGCUUCUGCUUUUGAGUUGCUUCUUGCAAGUUACUGUAGAAUUAGUACCCAAAUCUCUUCUCUCCCAACCAUUAUUUAUAUUUGCAUGAUAUUCUCAUUUAAUGAAACCAUUUAAAGCUUUUGAUCUCAAGUGAAAAUCAGUUUUAAUAAAAUAAAAUGUUUUACCGAAAGACUUUUACUUCUUAAUUCUAUAUUGAUGAAAAUAUUUUUAUUUUUAAUUUUUAUAUAUUCAAUAGUCUUCAGUGGUUAUUCAGGCAAAGCUUUUAUAGGUUUUGCUAUUUGAUCAUUUAAAAACUAUUUUCCAUUGGCUAUUUGUCUAUUAUUGAUGGAAAAAAAAAAAAACAUUUUUCUUCUGUGAAUUCAGUUUCUUGAAACCAAAUGUAAACAUGUAUUUAAAGCAGAUCAAUUUAGUUUCAUAUGAAGUAAGAUUUGCCUUAAAAAUGACAACUUUAGCUUUGUUUACUAUUUUUGUCCUUAUGGUUCUGGUAUUUGAACUGGCAUGAGGGUUCUAUUUUGUAAAAAUGAACUUUGGAUACCAAACUUUAUUAUCCAACAGCAGGACUUCAACGUUAAAAUUAACUGGAAUUUUAGUUUAGCUGAAUUAAAAUCAAAUGUAUUAUACCUACAUUCAAUAAAAAACAUCACUAGUGAUUUAAAAGAUUUUUAUAGCUUAUCCUAUCAAAAAGGGUUUGAAUGUAGCAGCAUUUAGUAACUAAGGAAGAUUAAGUAAAAUCACCAAUGUAUCAAUUUAAUAUAGUACCCUACUUGUCUUUGACUUAACAAUAUUUGACUGUAUUUCUGGUAUUGUUUUCAGGUAAAAUAGUUUUGUUUGAGAGUUACUGGAUAUAAUUAAAUUGGGAGAGAAACUUUUAACACUAUGUGGAUUUUCUGUCAGCAUUAUUUCAAGUGUGUGUAUUUACUUGGUUGGUUUAACAUCCAGAACAACCUGGCUGAAACAAUUUCUGACUACCAUGAUAGUUAGAUCCAUUUAAAAUGAAAACAAAUGCUUAAAAUUGUAAGCUAAGUUAUUUAGUUCCAUUUUCUUGAACAUUAAUGGACAAUUUAGAGUUUGGACAUAUCUGCAAGUACUGUUAAUUUGUCUAUCAAUUAGUUUUUUUUCCCCCCUACCAUGCUUUGGAAUCUAUCUAGUUUGCUUGUAUUCACCUUCACAAACAACUAUUUGAUCUUGAUAUAUUACUCUUCAGGUGCUGUCAAUCUUUUCACAUGCUACACAAAAGUGAGGUGCUAUCUGUUUUGGAUAACUGAACCUGUUAGUGUUAUGCAUACAAAUUCUGUAUGUUGUGGAUGAGAUGAUCAUUAAUUGUACUUCAAUACUACGGAGAUAAUCAUUUGAGAAGCAUUCAGAUCUAAAUUAGAAAUUCUUUUAGUAUUCUGUCUUUUCAUUUAAGCAUAACACUAAGAAUUAAAAUCAUUGCAAUUUUAUAUUUUAAACACACAUUUUAAUAAACCCAACGAUUUUUUUUUGUUGAAAAAGGAAAGAAAAAACUGACUUAUGACAUCUAAUAUGGCAAUUGAAUCCAGUUUGUGUUGGUGUUUAGUGGUACACCAAAAUAUUCUCAUGCUUUCAGAAUAUUGGUAACUUAAGUCUUGCAACACAGCCUGUCUUCAUGUUUUUUCUUUUACUUACUGCCUUCACCUGAUUGUAAUCCAAGUGAAUCUCUUUUCAUUCUGUUUGUAUCUUUGAAUCCAAUUUCUUAGCUGCACAUCCAUUCCACUGGUCAUUGAGAAUAAGUAUGCUGCAACUUUUUUAUAUACUCUUUUGAAAAACGAACUUUCUACUAACCCCUUUCAUUUAAGAUCCACUUUUUAUUUCUUCUACAUUUAAAUUCACUGAAACUCAUUCUGUUGUGGAUUACACACUAUGCAAUACUGAUAAACUUUGACAAAUAUUUUUCUCAUCAGAAAAAGCCUGUGAUUCUCAAUUCCAGAUAACUUGGAAUUUUUAUUUUUACACAUGGUAAAUUCAUUUGUAUUACAGAAACUGGAAUUUCAUUCCUUGUUCGAUAGACUGUGCAUUAGUAUAUCUUUGGUUUUUAUAAUCUAACCUGCCAGGUAACUUUUAGUGGGGUUUUGCUGUCUUAUUUGUGGAAUGUGAUAAGGUCUUGUUGCUUGGCCUCAAAUUUAUUCUUGUCUUAAUUACAUUGUCACUUUAAAUAUUAUACAUAUAUUUAGUGUCAGAAUUAUUGCCUUGAAUGUUACUUGCCUAGUUCUCUUUGCUAUUAUCACAUCAACUUUCUGUUGCACCCACAUAACUUACUUGGUUUGAGAUUAACUGCAAGGAAGAAUUGGAUACUGCAUUUUACUGCACACAGGAAUGAUGUCAAACAUUCUUGACCUUUUUGUUUUAGAUUUUCUAUUUUUCAACAACUGGUGAGAACAGAGAUAGGCCACUGUCUGCUACCUAAGUUCUUAGGAUGAUCAUUAAUAUAAAAUUUCUUUUUAAGCUCUUUUGUCAUGGACUGCUUCAAUUUAGUGUUUGAUGCUGAAUUUUGUUUUUUAUGGAAUUUAAAAUAAAAAAAGUCUGAGAUUUACUUGUACCAACCA